CGGGCGCGCCGAGGACCCCGGGGCCCGGCCGUGCAGAGCACGGCCUACCAUGGGCUCCGUGGGCAGCCAGCGCCUCAAGGAGCCCAUCACGGCGGGCACGCCGGACAGCAGCAUGGUGAUGAGCUUCAGCUUCGACGGCUGUCGGCUCGAGGAGGAGGCGGCGGGGACGGCUCAGGGCCAGGGCGGCGCAACCAGGGGCGUCCCAGGUUUCACGGACUCUGCGGUCGAGGAGCCAGUGACUGAUGACCGCUACCACGCCAUCUACUUCGCGAUGCUGCUGGCUGGUGUGGGCUUCCUGCUCCCAUACAACAGCUUCAUCACCGACGUGGACUAUCUGCACCACAAGUACCCAGGGACCUCCAUCGUGUUCGACAUGAGCCUCACCUACAUCCUGGUGGCGCUGGUGGCCGUGCUCCUGAACAACGCGCUGGUGGAGAGACUGAGCCUGCACACGAGGAUCACCGCGGGCUACCUCUUGGCCUUGGGCCCCCUCCUCUUUAUCAGCAUCUGUGACGUCUGGCUACAGCUCUUCUCUCAUGACCAGGCUUACGCCAUCAACCUGGCCGCUGUAGGCACCGUGGCCUUAGGCUGCACAGUGCAGCAAUCCAGCUUCUAUGGGUACACGGGGAUGCUGCCCAAGAGAUACACCCAGGGCGUGAUGACCGGGGAGAGCACGGCGGGCGUGAUGGUGUCCCUGAGCCGCAUCCUCACCAAGCUGCUGCUGCCGGACGAGCGGGCCAGCACGCUCAUCUUCUUCCUGGUGUCCGCGGGCCUGGAGCUGCUCUGCUUCCUGCUGCACCUGCUGGUGCGGCGCAGCCGUUUCGUGCUCUCGCACACCACGCGGCCCCGCGACAACCGUCCGGGCUGCAGAGCCGGCUACCGUGUGCACCACGACGUCGCCGCGGGCAACAUCCACUUUGAGCACCAAGGCCCAGGCCUGGCCGACGGCGGGUCCCCGAAGGACAGCCCGGCCCACGAGGUGACCGGCGGCGGGGGCGCCUACACGCGCUUUGAUGUGCCUCAGCCGAGAGUGACGCGGAGCUGGCCCUCCUUCAGAGCCCUGUUGCUGCACCGCUAUGCCGUGGCCCGCGCCAUCUGGGCCGACAUGCUCUCCAUCGCCGUGACCUACUUCAUCACACUGUGCCUGUUCCCGGGUCUCGAGUCCGAGGUCCGCCACUGCGUCCUGGGCGAGUGGCUGCCCAUCCUCAUCAUGGCUGUGUUCAACCUCUCCGACUUCGUGGGCAAGAUCCUGGCAGCUCUGCCCAUGGACUGGCGGGGCACCCACCUGCUGGCCUGCUCCUGCCUGCGCGUGGUCUUCAUCCCCCUCUUCAUCCUGUGCGUCUACCCCAGUGGCACGCCCGCCCUGCGCCACCCGGCCUGGCCCUGCGUCUUCUCUCUGCUCAUGGGCAUCAGCAACGGCUACUUCGGCAGCGUGCCCAUGAUCCUGGCGGCGGGCAAAGUGAGCCCCAAGCAACGCGAGCUGGCAGGGAACACCAUGACCGUGUCCUACAUGACGGGGCUGACGCUGGGCUCCGCCGUGGCCUACUGCACCUACAGCCUCACCCGGGACGCCCCCAGCAGCUGUUUCCACACCUCCACCAACUCCUCCUUCCCCACUGGCCUCUGA